GCACAAGCGCGUUGGGUUUUCAACAGAAACUCUCACAUCUGCAUUUGUCUAUCGCACGCAAACAUGUCGAAUAGAUACGACCCAACAGACCGCCUCCUAGACCAAAACGAUGAAUCCCUAUCCAAUCUCACCUCAAAAGUCUCGACACUCAAACACAUUUCAAUGGACAUUUACGAUGGAGUCCAAGAGGACCACCGACGAUUAGAUGACAUUUCAACGACAUUCACAUCAGCGCGGACAGAGGUGAUGGCAUCUGCUCGACGGCUGCAUACGACCUUGACGGUGCGGUAUGGGCGGAAUGCUUGGAAGAUUGUUGGGUGUUUGGUAGGGGUUGUGGUUGUUUGGCUUGUAUGGAGACGGUGGAGUUGACGAGUUGUAUUGCACAAGUUGUCUGGUAUGCUACUACAUCCGACAUGACACACACAACAUAUAAUGUAUAUAGCCAAAAAAAAAAAAAACGAAAAAGAAACUUUUGUUAAAAUGCUACUUCGUCUUCACCUGCAAUCGGCAUGGCAACCCGUUUUGCAUCCCGUUUUCGAUGGACUUGGCCUAUGAUGGAUUGGAAUAAUGCGUGGGGGAUGAGAGUCUCGAUUGUGUCGGGUGGUAAAGUCGUUAAUGUCGUAAACUAAGUCAUGUUUCAAAAAACGUGGUGUAAACAUGAGAUUGAAUAUGAAUAAAAACAAUAAAGGGAAACGUA